AUGGAGGUCACUCGCUGCGGGAUUCACGGCUUCCACGAAGCACUUGGUAUUGACACUGAGGAGGUUCGCUUCUUCUGGGUGGUCGAAGCCAAUAAUACAAAUGCCCAACAGCGUGCAUAUCGUAUUAGUGUCUCCUCCAGCAAGACAGCGCUCGAUGAGCCAGAUGCCUGGGACUCUGGCCGCGUACAGAGCGAUGCCCAGCGCAACAUCGUUUGCAAACCCGAGAAUGGCUUCAAGUCUACUACUUUAUACUUCUGGCAAGUGACUGUCUGGGACGAGAAUGGCAAUGCUUCGAAGAGCGCGAUCAAUGAAUUCUACACGUCGUAUCCCCGCUCAUCCAGACUUCUUCCGCCUUACAGCAUGAACCAGACCUAUAUGCCGCAUAGCAGUCUGAUCUUCCGCACCUGGUUCGAAAACGAGGCCGACCGGUGGAAGGCCGUAUGGAUUGGCAACGGCGGAGACAAGCCCAUCUACCUUCGCAAAUCGCUACAGCGCACAUCCUCAAAAGAUGUCGAAAGAGUGAUCAUCUUUGCAUCUGGCUUGGGCCAUUUCAACCUCACCGUCAAUGGAAAGCCCGCUUCAACGCACGUACUCGACCCGGGCUGGACAAACUACCACCGCACCGUGCAGUAUGUCGGCUACGAUGUGACAUCCCACUGGGGCAAGGAAGGCGAGGAAAAUGUCAUCGGCGCCCAUGUCGGUAAUGGAUUUUACGCCGGUGACCAGGGUGAUCGCUUCUUCUGGCCGAUGUACGAGGAUAAUACUUAUGUUCGCUAUGGCAACGAACUGUGCUUCUUCGCGGAGAUCCACGUCCACUACACCGAUGGCUCGCAUGAGACAGUCAUCUCUGAUCCCAGCUGGAAGGUUCGAAACAGUGCAACUACACUUGCGAAUAUCUACAUGUCAGAGGAUCAUGAUCGUCGCUUAUACCCAGUUGGCUGGGAUGUCUCUGGAUACGACGACAGUGACUGGGCUCCUGCUAAACCGCUGACAGGGCCGAGGGGAAAGCUGCGAUAUCAAAGUCAGCCUCCGGUUAUCCUGCACAAUACAUUCAACCCUGUUCGGCAUCAGGUCCUCCAUCCUGGAGUGACCAUGUUCGAUCUUGGCCAGAACUCCAGCAUCAUGCCACGGGUGGAAAUAACUGGCCCUGCAGGGUCCGAAAUCAUCAUCCGAUACUCCGAGACCAUUGAUGAGAACGGCGCCGUCUUCAUGCCCGAUCCUCUAUUCAAAGAAUUCGAAUAUGGCGUCUACACCAAAUUCAUCCUCUCCGGAUCAUCCGAAAAACAAUCCUGGACACCCGACUUCUCCUUCACCAGCGCGCGCUACAUCCAAAUUGAAGGCGCCUCACUAGACCAGAACGACACCCUCCCAACCAUCAACUCCGUCACAGCCCGCCACGUCUCCUCCGCAGCGCGACAACUAGGAUACGUGAAAACAGACAAGGACGACGUCAACGCCCUCAUAAACGCCUGCUACUGGAGCUUCUCCUCCAACAUCUUCAGCUACCACACUGACUGUCCCCAGAUCGAGAAAUUCGGGUGGCUCGAGGUAACUUCCCUCCUGGCCCCAGCAACGCAGUACGUCCGCGACAUGGAGGCCGUGUACUCCAAGAUCCUGGACGAUAUUCUCGAUACCCAGGAAUCAAAUGGCCUGGUUCCGACUAUGGCGCCCGAGAUUCGGUAUAUGUGUGGCCCGCUGCAUGAUACGAUUACCUGGGGUUGUGCGAUUGCGUUCCUACCCGAGUUGAUUAAACGGUAUUACGGCUCGACAGAGGUUUUUGGGAAGAUAUAUCAGCCCUGUGUGCGGUAUAUGGAGUAUAUGUACACGAAGGAGCGGCAUGGCGGGCUGAUCGAGCACGGGUUAGGCGACUGGGGUCGAGAUAUCGCCUUUGGGAACCACCAGGCGAAUAUCGAGACGGCGGUUUAUUAUCGAUGUCUGCGGAAUGUCGCACUUAUGGCUGCAGAGCUGGGAUACGUUGAAGACGAAAAGAAAUACACGGCCUGGGCGGAUCGGAUUUAUGAAGUGUAUAACAGACACCUCCUUGUCACGGACAAGACAACCCGUCCUUAUGCGUUCUACACCUCGCUUGAUAACCCGGGUGUCCAGGACUGCACGAUGGUCGCACAGUCCGUAGCGCUGCAAUUUGGUCUCGUCCCGGCAGUUCAUCGGCCUGAUAUAAUCAAGGCGUUCCUAUCCGCGUGCGCUGCAUCUGGGAACCGCAUUGAAGCCGGCGAAAUCGGGCUAAAGUACCUGUGGAACACACUCGCCGAGCCGGACGUGAAUAGACCAGACAUCGUGCUUGCCAUGGCGCGGCAGGAGGAGCACCCGAGUUACAUGCGCUUUCUGCGACGCGGGGAAACAACGCUGCUGGAGUUCUGGCAGGAUAUGUGCCGGUCCAAGUGCCAUGAUAUGCUGGGCACGAUCUAUGAGUGGUUCUAUGAGGCGGUGCUGGGUGUUAAGCCUGUUGGAGAUGCGUAUCGGACUUGGACGCUGAGACCGCCGGUUGAGAGUGAGUUUGGGUUUGUGGAGGGGGAAGUGGAUUGUCCGUAUGGACUUAUUAGGGUUCGGUAUGAACGGGUGCAGGGUGGUGUGGUGAAGCUGGGGGUUCGGGUGCCUACUAGUACGGCCUGUACGCUGGUUCUGCCCAUUGGAUGGAAGGUUGUUGAUGAGGCAGCAGUGGCUGAUAUGGAUGGAAAGAAUGAGGUUGUGCUGCCGCAGGGGACAUACGAUUUUGUCGUGCGAAGACAAGCCAUUAACUAGAGCUAGACUAUAGAUUUCAACAUAC